CGGAUUUCCACUUUCCACUUGAACUCUUUCAUCAACACAAUCAAUUAUCUCCCCCCCACCUUAAUACUUUUUUCACUUUUGCGCGUAAUUUUUUUCUAUUAAUUUCAAUAUCGCGUCGGCGAAUCUGCUCAGCUCAUAGCAUAUUUAUGCGGUGAGCUUGGUAUACGUCCCGACUUCAAGUUUUGACGUCAUUGAGGACUGCGUCAUUGCGCCCCAGUCUAUUCUACGUGGCCAAGACGUGUCUUGCUGUGCUUAUCAGGCGUUUCUCGAUACAGGCCUCGGCUGCCUAGUUUGCAUAAGGGCAAGAAAAAAAGGGCAAUUUUACUAUUCCCAAUAUUUAACCACAUCUUUCGUGCAUGUUUGAGUGUGCGCGAUUAUCCAUCAACUAUCCACCAUGUCCGACACAGAGAGCCUUGAUUAUCUCCAGCCGGGAUUCGACGCGAGGAGCCUAACAGUUCCGCGUUUACGGUCGAUUCUGGUUGCUCACAAUAUUCCAUAUUCAUCAAGUUCGAAGAAGAGUCAACUAGUUGAAAUUUUCAAUGAACAGGUUUUACCCCAGUCAAAGAAGAUAUUAGCAGCACGUGCGCGAGCGAAACGCUCAAGCAAAGGAAUUGUCGAUGCGGAACCACAAAGCAGUAGCAAUCCCUUUGAAGAACAUGAAGAACUUGCACCGCGCCCUAUGACACGCCGAUCAAGAUCACCAAGGAAAGUGUCAAACAGACUCAAGACCGAAGAGCCCGAAGAUUUACCAAUGCCCCCACGAACACGAACACGAACAGCUAGUCCCACAAAACGAAUGCCGCGAGCCUCAAGCCGUCCCGUUCAGGCCUCAGAUACAGACACUGCUCCGGAGUACGAUGGUAAUAGGAUCAUGAGCAAAGUUCGACGAGCUGCGCCUAAGAUUAAGAAGGAAGAGUCAGACGAAGGUCUCUUCCGACGCACCUCAGACGUCUUUACCAACGACAAUCCGUUCCAAAGCGGUAGUUCUCCAUCAGCUGCAGAUCGAACCCCAAGCGUUCGCAGAAGAACAGCAGGUGGUGACAAAUCUCGGAGCACUAGCAGCGGUACGCGACGACGAACAGACGUGCGGACAGAGGUUUAUACUGCCCCUGCCCCUGCCCUUGCUCCUAAGGAGGAGCGCUUUAGCAUGCCUAGGAGCUUUGGUCCUCCGAUACCCCAAAGAACGAUUUUAAAGUCGGUUGAACCACCUACACUCGAGGCCGGUGAAGAAUUUACCCCAGAAGAGCAGCUUCAGCUUUCUGCUGAGGAAGCAGAGCGUGGAUAUUCCCCGGUCGCUGAUUCUCGACAAUCUCGUCAGUCUGGCGGAACUGGUUGGGGUACGGUAUUCUCCGUACUAUUAGUUACGCUCGUAGCCGUCUAUGGCGGAUGGUACCGACAGGAGAAGAUCGCCGUGGGUUACUGCGGAGUCGGCCAAUCUGGAAGCUCAAUUCCUAACGAGAUCGAGACGCCAGAAUGGGCGCUGUCCGUUCUUCCACCCGUAAUCACAAUUCCGCAAUCUUUCAUAGAUACUGUGUCGCCUGACUGCGAGCCAUGCCCCCUUCAUGCUUACUGUUACACAGACUUCUCUGUCCGAUGCGAACAGGAUUACAUUCUAAAGUCUCACCCUCUAGCUCUUUGGGGCAUCGUUCCUCUACCACCAACUUGCGAGGCCGACGGCGCAAGAGUUCGUCGUGUUAAAGCUGUUGCUGAUAAAGCAAUCGAAGAACUUCGCGAACAAACUGGCAAGUAUGAAUGUGGUGAACCCAUCAACGAGGAAGGAGAAAGGCUGGAAACGCCGGCAAUCGAAGAGCAGGUAUUGAAGGAGAUCAUCAACAAGAAGAGAAGCAAGAAGAUGAACAACCAGGAAUUUGAGGAUCUCUGGGGUUCUGCGCUGGGUGAGAUUAAGACCAGAGAAGAGGUCCAGGUUGAAACCACCGAUUCCGGAGGCAUUCCAAACACCUACCUCUCGUCCACCUCUCUCGCUCGAAUUUCACUCACCUGCGCCCUCCGGCGGUCAGUCCGGCUCGGGUUGGCAAGAUAUCGAUUCCAUAUUAGUGCUGUGACCGCUUUUAUCUUGACAGCCAUCUACGCCCGAUACCGCUACAGAGCUAUCCGAGCAGCCGCUGCGCAAGUGCCAGCCCUGGUCGACAUUGUGCUCGAGAGACUGGCGAACCAGAAACAACUAGGAGAUGAGGGUAUCGACGAUCCGUGGCUGUUCCUCCCGAACCUACGCGACGACGUCUUGAGAUCGGUCCAUUCGCUUUCGCAGCGCGAGAAGAUAUGGCACCGAGUCCGCGCCGUCGUCGAACAGAACAGCAACGUCCGGACCGGUCAGCGCGAGGGCCGCAGCGGCGAGAUGGGCAGAGCUUGGGAGUGGAUCGGCCCUAUCGCGGGCGAUCCCAGUAGCAGGCGGCGGAGAAGCAAUCGCGUCUCAUACGGUCCGGACACCAGCAUAGAGUCGCCGGCAGGAGUAGACGCACACCAUCAGAAGUGGGAUGAGACUCGUCCGAUUUACUAAUUAAAUCCUGGAUACAUGAGUAAUUUGGGAUGGGUUUCUGAGAAUGCGUCCGUGUAAUGGAUGGGAUCGGCGAAGGAGGGGAUAAGUCUAGAGGCGUUAAGGCGGGUUUGGGUUUGGGCUAUUAUUCCCCUUUCCCCUUUUACGUGGGUUGCUCUUCGUGUGUGUUCUUCGCAGACAGCCGUGCUAUGUGCAAUUAAUUCCAUGGCAUCUUUUUUUCUUUCUUUUGUAAACGAAUAAGCAAAUGAAGAAAUAGUGUACUGGUACUUGUUUAAUAUGUCACACUACAUCCAUCCAUCCAUUCAUCAGUUGUUUGAUUUGGGAUUAUUCGAUUUUAUUCGAUACUUUCCUAUUUGACUACUCUCGUUCGUGGUAUGAAGUCUGGGUAAAUAAAGCAAGACAUGGGUAUGGCUUGUUAGACUUAUUGUUGUUUAGAUCUAGGGCUGGUGAUUUAGUCGAUGACGCGGAUUUCGUUUCGUUUCGAAACGGGUUUAUUAGGUAGAGUGCAG